UUUGCCAAAGAGGAGGACGAGGAGGAGUAGAGUGUGAGAGAGAGAGAGGGCGAGAAUCAAAGUGAGAAUAUAGACAGAGAGAGGAAUGUAUUUUAUAUAUUGGAAAAUAUAUAUCGAGUCCAGUGAAACAUGCGAAUGAAAUUGGAGAGCAGGACCGGUGCAAUAGUGCGCAACGCGGUAGCCCCGCGCUGGGGCGGACAGCCCAACGCGUCCAAGAGAGGGUUGAUAUGGUGGUUUGGUUUGGUUUAGGUGAGGCAAGAGGCGGUGGAGAGGUGAGGUGGGGGUGCUCGACACAGGGCAACGGCGCAGUUGCUACUCAGACACGGGGAUGCUCGCAAUGCCUCUAUCAAAGACGCGUCGCACUGUGUUGUUAUGUGUUGUAAUAGUUAUUUCAUUGAAAAAUUAAUUUUACCGUUUUUGCAAAACACAAACUGGUUAUUAUUUUCGAAUCUGUGAAAAAAGUCUUUAAUAAACCGCAACUAUUUCAUUUCCGAUACACAAAAAAACCGGUGACUUUUUAUUAUUCUCAAUUAACAAACAAAAUUUUUGGAUACCAUAAUAAUUUCGAAAUUUUAACCAAUAUAAAUACCAUCAUCAUCGACGAGCAAGAAUUUUAAAUUAAACCAAAGAAAAAAACAAAAAAAAAAAAAACUAAAAAAAAAAGAAGAAGAAAAGUAACAAAAUUUUAAAGAAGCAUUGCCUUAGAUAUUACCUAAAAUCGUCACAAGAAACAAAGAAGAAGAAAAAAGGAAACUAAUAGUAAAAAAAAAGAGGAAACAUUUUAGACGAUUACGAAAUAAAUUGUAAAGAUAUGACAAAAGUAUAUUUUUAACAAGUUUUGAAAACUUUAGAUUUUAAAAGAAAAAGAAGCUAAACUUUAACAAAAAAAAAAACGAGAGAAGAGGGAGAAAAAAAGAGGAAAAAUGAUAAAAAAUUGAUAAAUAACUAAAAUGUGAUCUAAAAAAAAGUCGUUGCUACCAAGAAAGCCUUAUGUCCUUGUUUCAAUUAAUUCGGUUCCAAACCUUGGAGCGGGAGACGCGUUGCAGCGAGAAAUUCCCGCGCAGGAGAGGAAGACUGGACAAAGUGGAAGAAGCAGAAUAAGACAAGAGAGGAAAAAUAGGAGAGUAGGAAAGCGGAAGAAGAUCGGUUAGAAGCGGGUUUAAAAGUGAAAUGAAAUCUGGAUAAUAAUACUCAUCAGAGGAGAAGGAGUAGAAGACGAAGAAGAAGAGAUUGUGAAAGGAAAAGAAGAAAAGUAAGUGGAUGAGCAAGAACACGAGAAGAAAGCGGAAGACCAAGAAGAAGAAGAAGGAAAACACCGAGGGAAAACGGUUGGAGAACCCGCGCCGCAUACAUUUAUAUUUCAGUGUGUUCAAAAAACGAGUGUACCUAAGUGCAAUAUUAAUUAAACCUACUCUAAACGAUAAUAAGCAACUACUACUAUUUACCAUCGGCGAUCAGUUACGACGCGGUAAUCGAUAAAUCUUUUCAAGAUUAAUACUAGAGUCGCAUUUUUUUUUUCGAGAACAAGUCAUACGGACAUAAUAAGGACAAAGAAGGAAGAUUCAGAAGAAUUGAAGAAAAUCUAAAUAGGGAGUGCUCUCGUCCUGAAUAAAUAUUACCAAGAUCUUUACCAAAAGCGAAAUCCGCUUUGAAAUCACACUUACAAUUCACACAGUUACACAAACUAACCAAACGGGGCAAAACUCAGGGCAAAACAGGACGAGCAGUAUCAUCCAGUGUGAGAUUUUUUCCGAAGAGAAUCCUCCAACCGAGUCGUGUCCGUGAACUUUCGUCUCGUUCACACCGUCCGGGCUGGGCAAUCCUGAAUUUUAACCUGAACUUAAGUGUACGAUAGACUAAGUAGAUAGAAGAAGAAAUAGGAUAUUUCUCUCGACGAGAAAACAAAUUUUCGAUCGCGCGCAUUUAAAUUUGAAGAAGAAGAAUUAAAAAAACACUAACAGACAAUACAUUACACUAAGAAUUGUACAUAAACAGACACAACAAGAAGACGGAUUCAAAGGGGGAUAGAAGAGAAGAUUAUUAUUUGAAAGUUUGAUGAACCAAAGAGUCACGGUUUGGUGCGGCAGACAGCACGUGGCGCGAAACUGACGUCUAACGUGUCGUCGUAGGUCGACGAGAAAUCUGUGGCAUCACCUCGAGGCAAGUGACGGCGGCAAGCGCGGAAGUGUGCCCGUCGUCGAGCUGCUUACCGAAAGGCGUGCGAAAAAUCGGGCAAGCUGCGCCGGAAGGGGGUAGCCCGGGCUUCGCGCGAAGGCCUCAAGAUUUCGGACGCGACGGCGGCCCUAGACCUGCGCGCCCAAUCGCAAGCCCAACCGGACUUUGGCCUGGAGCAAUCACACCACCACCACCAUCAACAGCAACAACAAAAUCAACAGACGCACCAACAAAACCAAAAUCCAGAGGCGCGGCCUCUUCACCUUCAUCAUCAGCAUCAUCAACAUCAUCUCCAACAUCACCCGGUCAAUCAUCAUCACUCUGGCGAUUCGGGGGGUGGGAUAGGUGUUCCCGGAGGAGGAGGCGGCGGUGGUGCUGGUGGUGGCGGUGGCGGAGGAAAUCACCGCCCAGGGCCCGACGCCGACCCAAGGCCCACGAGAAUCGACGACGAGGAGGACAUCACCGAGCGGGACGACGAGGACGAAGACGAGGACCCCUGCACGUCCCCCGAGCCCGACCUCGAUCCCGUACCCGAACCAAUGGAGGUCCAAGCCUCAGCCGUGUCCGCUGCUGCGGCCAACCUCCACGCCCUUAGGCAGCACGUCUUCAAAAUGUCCGACUACUGGCAACAACCCCAAAGAGGACCCCCUCAACACUCACCCGGACUGCAGCACAGUCCCCUACAGAAUUCAACCCCCCAAACAAACAUGCACAGUCCUCUCGGGCAACAACAACAGCAGCAGCAGCAAACCCAACAACAACCAUCCCAACAACAACCCACCCAACAGACCCCAACUGCCUCCCAAGCUCAACAAACCACCAACUCCCUAACUCAAAAUUCCACCUCCAUGCAACCCACCCUUAUGAUGAAUCAAUCAGCCCAACAUCAGUCUUCCCCAUCACCCACCUCACCAUCACCCCAAGCCGAUCAUCAAAACUCCAUCAACACAUGCAUGGUACAAAGUCUACAUAGUUUCGCUCAGGCCCAAGUCCAAGCGAAAGCACAACAAACAAUGUCGCAAGCCUCAAGUCCCACACUCACCGUCCAGGCUGUGCAGGCUGCUCAAGCGAUAAAUCAAAAUUUAGGCCAAGCACUGACACAGGCCCUACAGCAAAAUAUGCAGCAGAGUCUCGGUCAAACGCUGCAGCACAAUCUUGCUCAAAGUCUCACGCCAAGUUUAUCGCCACAACAGCAACAGCAAUUAUUAAAUCAGCCGCAAAAUUUAAGUCAAAGUCAAAAUCUCCAACAAAAUAUGCAGAGUCAAGUGCAAAAUUUAUCUCAACAGCAGCAGCAGCAGCAACAACAACAACAGCAGCAGCAACAAGCGCAAAAUUUAACUCAAACAUUAAAUCAUCAAUCAUUACAGCAGCAGGCGCAAAAUUUGAGUCAAACAAUGCCGCAAAAUUUACAGCAGCAAGUGCAAAAUUUAAGUCAAAAUAUGCAACAGCAAGCGCUCAAUAUGGCUAAUUCAAUUAGUCAAAAUGGUGGACUGAGUGGAAUGAGCUUAACGGGGAAUCAACAGAGUUCGCAGAAUUCAAUGCUGAGUCCUGGUGCUGGCAGUCAGGAUUCACACGAUGUCACACUAUCCGAGAAGCUGAUGAAUGAACUACAGUCUCGAGCUGGGCUCAUAGGUCCUGGUGGAGGUGGAGGAGAAAUGAGCAACAACAUCAGCGAGCGCGCCCUCCAGGAAUGCUGGUCCACCCUGCAACGAUUCUUUACGCAGAUCUUCAUGAAACAGACCGCGACAAUGAUGCACCCGAGAGAUCUUGGUGCGGGAGGAUUAACGGGACGUCCCGGCGUCGGUAUCCCAGGAGGAUUGGCGGGCCUUGGCGUUGGCGUCGGACCCGGUGGCAUGAUCACCGGAAAUGAAGUCAAACCCCAUCAAUGUCAACAAUGCCUCAAGUCAUUCUCGAGCAAUCAUCAGCUUGUUCAACACAUCAGAGUUCAUACUGGUGAGAAGCCUUACAAAUGCAGUUACUGCGAUCGGAGGUUUAAACAACUCAGUCAUGUACAACAACACACCAGACUACAUACAGGUGUUCUGAUUGCAGGUGAACGGCCCUAUAAGUGCCACCUUCCUGAUUGCGGGCGGGCCUUUAUCCAGCUGUCGAAUCUCCAACAGCACUUGCGGAAUCAUGACGCGCAGGUGGAACGGGCGAAGAAUCGGCCGUUCCACUGCAACAUUUGCGGCAAGGGCUUCGCAACGGAAUCCAGCCUCCGGACCCACACGUCGAAGGUCAGUCAUGAGUUGCAACAGCGUGUUGUGUUCCAGCAACACGCCGCCCUUCUCGGCGGCCCCAACGCCACUAGCUGUCCCAUCUGUCACAAGCUCUUCCUCGGCGGUGAAGCCCUCAUGGAGCACAUGAAGCACACCCACAAGGAUCCAAAUGCUUCCGGCGUUGCCAUUCCCCCCGCUGACUGCACAACCUCCAUUGCCGGGGCUUACCUAGCGAAGAGACGGACUGCCAAUCAUCCAUGUCCGGUGUGCGGUAAACACUACGUCAACGAGGGAAGUCUUAGGAAACAUCUAGCCUGCCAUCCAGAAACGAGCCAAAUUAGCAGUCUCAGGAUGUGGCCUUGUUCUGUCUGCAACGCAGUCUUCACACACGAAGGCGGCUUGCUGACACAUAUGGAACAUAUGAGAAUGGAUCCGAAACAUCAGUUUGCAGCGCAGUAUGUUCUUAGUCGAGCAGCGGCUGAGAGGAGAGAACGGGAACUUCUCGCUGGUUCCAGUUUAGUAGGUCUCGGUGUUUUGGGGAGCCAAGCAGGAGGACCUCAGAAUUUACAACAACCACCAAUGUGCCCUUCGCCCUCGGCUCAUUCAGAUAGCAGUAGUGGAAACGGAAGACUGUCCUCAGCCGGUAGUGAACCUGAUUUUUGCGCAGGCACCGGUCUUCUCAACAACAACAAUAACAACAACAACAAUAAUAUGGCAUCGCCAGGACCAAGUGGAAACAAACUCAGCGAAAUGUUGCGAGCGAGCAGUCAACCUGGUUCGGCGCAACACUAUCAGGAACAAAUGGAGUCGCAACAACAACGUAUGGCUGUCAUGGCUGCAGUAUCCGCGGGACUUCAAACCUCGCCGCCAAAUUUGUCAUCAAUGGACGUGGCGCAAAUAGCGGUGGCAAUGAGGAUGGGCAACAAUGGUGAUAUGGGUGGCGGCGGUCAAGGAUCGACUGGACCCCAACAGCAAGGAGUACAGGCUUCCGGGCCCGAGCAGGCUCUCAGGAUGCACCAGGCGGAAGCAAUAUUGCGUUCCCAUACGGAGGCUGCCCUCAGGCUAGCGGUGAGUGCACCUUGCUUCCGCUUUGAUCUCCCAGCAACCAAUCAAAAUUGGCUUUUCGGCAAUUCGGCAAAGAUGUCACAAGCUGCAGCGGCCGCCGCGAGUUCAGGCGACAUGAGGCAUCAUCUUGGACAGCACAAUGGUGGCGGUGCAUCCGGUAUGCCUGGACAUCAUACGAAUCAACAACUCUCCCAACCCGAUACACUAUCACCUGACCUAGACUCGUUUUACUUUGCCCUGAACAGCAGAGCAGCUCAGACUUCAGGAGCAGCGAUUAGAGCAGGCACUGAGGCUUCACGGGGAUCCUCGAGCGCUUAGUUUCAGUCUCCAGCAUGUCGUUAAUCAACAGAGUAAUCAACAACCAUGAAAAUUCAGUUACUACUGAGACGAGUGGACCCCUUGGACGACGGAGACGUCCCUCCCUGUUGAUAGGGAUUCGCAGGAGCGAACCCUCAAUCAAAAUCAUUCAAUCAUCAAUGAUCAACAGGUAUCAAAGUUGGCCCUUCAACUCCCCGAAGAUCGUGGUAUUAAACGAAAGGCCGACGAAAUGAGUGGUAACGUCGAGAGCGCGUAGAAUCAUCAUCAUCAAGCUACCGUUCGUUCAAGAGUGGUCAUUUCUCAAACACUCCCUGUCUCAGCAGUUCAGCAAAACAUAUUCCAAGACUUUCAUCGAACAGUUUGUUAUAGUGGUGACAAAAGAAAAAUUUGUGCACUCCCACAAAACAAGUGGGGCUGUUCGUAAAGCUCAUCAAAACAAUAUGGACUCGUAACACACGAGUUAAUCUAGAUCGUUGGACGGUUCGCAAUCUUUGGCUCUGCGACGAACUUUUAUUUGUUAGUCCUGACCCGGAAUGUAGACUGAUGUUAAAUUCAAGACCUUCGAGUCGAACAAAAGAAAAAAAAAUAUUGAUCUCUACUGGGUCUUUGCCUUUCUCAAUUAGUCCUCCCACGGGCUUAAAUGGGUGUUCAGGACUCGUCACAGCGCCAAAGACUGGGACCCAAAACGUGCCAUAAUUUAAAAGUAUAAUAAUAAAUAAAGAGUUCGUUUCUAAAUAACAUUUGUUCGCUAAAAAAAUUAAGAGAAAAAAAAGCAACAAACGUUCAUUUACCAACACUCUCCCCAAGGUACUAUGAUGGUACAAGAGCCACUAACGGAUUAUGGGAGAAGGUCACGGGCGACCUAUCUCCUCAUAAAAGGCUCAACAAACUAAACUAAAGCAAACUUAAGGUUCCCUUAUUCUUAAUUCAUGUAAAGUUUAAGGCGUUAAUUCCCCCGAGCGUCAAGGUAUCUCACGUGGAUGCGCAAAUUCGCGUGAGCCCUGCGCAAGGACUUUGACGGGACACAUUAAAAAGACGGACGUUACUGAAGACACACUAACACAAUACUCAGAUAUAAACACACAGACACGAGAAAAAGAAAACUGAAAGUUAUAUACUUGAACAUAAAACACACUGUGAAAAAUAAUAACACUAAUAAACACUCAUCACGAAACAUUCAUGCGCGCAAAUGUGCUCACUGUAGCACAAAAACUAUUAGCUCAUAAGCGAACAAACAAAAUAUAAUUAUUACAAACAAGUUAUAUUAUAUAUAUUAUAUAUACAUACAGAAUAAUAUGAAAAAAUAAAAAUUAGAGCGCGAGAGUGCAUCGUGAGAAAGCAAGAGAGAUAAAAGAAAAAAAACUAAAUGCUAAAUAUUAUAAAUAUAUAUUAUAUAUAAAUAUUAUAAAUAAUGAAUAUAGGGUCUAUGAGACUAGAUUAGUUAGGAGGAAAAAAAGAAACCGAAUGAAAGGACCGCUUGCGUUCUUUUACUUAUCUUCUCCUUUCUCCCUUAAAAGGAGUCCGAAUGAAUGAAUUUUUAGAUUAAAAUCCAAAAAAGUGAAAAAAAUACUCGAGGAGUAAGAUAAGAAAAAUUACGCAAGCUCAAAGAGUACAAGUGUAUGCCUAAAAAGCCUGCAAGAAACAAUGAAUGAAAAAUCGAAUGAAAGUCGAAAUGAAAGAAAUGAAUGAAAAAUGGUACGAUUGAUAUAAUCUGAGGUCCUGUGAUCGUUAUAAGCGAAAUAUUUUUUUAUUUCCGAGUAAACGCGUAAAACUUGCGUCGUUUUGAACUUUUACUUGCAAUAUACCGUUACGUUCUCGCAAUAUACUUAGAAAGAAGAGGAAGAAGACGAGUAUGAGAUCAUGGGCAAAAAAAACACUCACAUAAAAAAGUAGGUUCAAAAAGUAGAACCAAUUUUCAAAAAGAAAAGACUCGCGCCCUAAAGUCGUGAUCGUUCCUACUUUCGAUGGGGAUACUUUCAAAUAUGUCCAGAGAGAUUUAUCUUUGACCAAAACGAAAGAACGCGACGUUAGGUUCGAGAACGCGAUAAACGAUGUAAAAGAAACGUGGAAAUUCGGUAAUCGACAAUAUUUAUAGAUAAGCUCGAUCUAGAUUAAAAGCAACAAAAGAAAAAUACUCUGAAUUUUGUUUUCAUAAAUUUUCAUUAAUAAAAAUCUGUUUUUAGUUUUGAAUAAGUCAUUCUUAAAUCAAAAUAACAAUACGUAAUUUUUACUCUCGCGGAAUACGUAAGGCACAGGAAUGAGAGAGAAACAAGAGACUUUUCAUCCUAUUUAAAAUACUUUUUCAUUUCUCGUCGCGUUUCUAUAAUAUUAAUGUUUAAACUAAAACAAAAAAAGCACUGGAUUUUUCGCGCUCCUCGUUUCAUUUAACGUCGUUCUUUAUCUUCUUCGAAUGAAGCGGAUGACACGCGCGGAAAAGUCGCUUUUCACCAUAAAAAAACAAAAAAAAAAAUCGGAACGAGAAUAAAGUACUAGGGAUUCAUCGUCAAAGCUACAAUUUUAAGAUCUGAAACGCCUCGCCUCGAAUUCAAAAUUAAAAAAGAAAAGUGGUAGUAGAUUCAAAAUGUCAGGAGGUGUACGCGUCAACGAUCAUUGAUUUCAUUCUUCUUUUUUCCGUUACAGAAAAUUUUUCCCUCGGAUUAAUUAGUGUAAAUAAACACAAAUAUUCACAGCGUAAACGAGAAUUAAUUACGGUAAAACUUAAACGAGUACAUAAUGCAAUAGGGUUAGUUUCUCUGUAAAUACCUAAAGCGUGGGCGAGUGCAUACCCUCGCCUUCGUAACCAAUGAUAAUAUUUUAUCAAAUUAAAAAAAAAACCGAGCUUCUGUUUAGUCAUCGAUUCGAGCAAAUUUUUUCCAAAAACAAAUGAAACAAACUGUUUUUGCAACGAAUCGAUUUUUUCUUCUUUCAUUUUUCAAACAAUUAACACGCGGUACGUCACUCAUACUGACACACAUCCACACACAAAUUUUUACACAAGAAAAAAAAUUUUUUGAAAAAAAGCAUUGCGAUGGAUUGUACAGCUACUACGAUAGAAAUAGAAUGUAAGCCUUUACACCUUUACACACAAUUCGCACCACCGGCACAACUGGCCUCCACAUUUUCGUAGGGACCAAACAUUUCUUUAAAAAUCAUUUUUCACCGAAAAAAAAAAUUAAAGAAGCGAGAAUGGAUUUCUAAAUUCUUGUCCCUAAAAAAAGUUUCUUUGGUCCCUAAGACAGGAUUCAAAUUUACAAUCGGGGUAAAUAAGUACCGUUGCUAGCGGAAUAUGUACUAUUCUGAUUUUAAGCUCAGUUGUACGCAUUUCCCUCCCGAUGUAAAUUCGAUCAAGUGAGAUAGAACCGCGAAGAAAAUAAACCCAAUAAUGAAAAAAAAAAAAAAUUCGGUGCAUCCAGCGAAUGUGUACAUUUUUCUUAACUCAAAAAAAAAAGUAAAGCUACACAAAUACAAUAGCUCAUAGUGUAUGUUCUGUAAUCAAUGAUCAUAAGGUAAAGAAUAAUAAGAAAAAAAAGACGUUGACAACCGUACCGGCGCGCGGCGGUUGUCAACAAAAAAAAGCACAAAAAAAAAUUUACAAAUAUAUUGAUUUACAUAUGCCCGUAACUCGUAAGGGGGGCUGGUGGUGCAGCUAUUGCCGUAAACUUUCCAUUAAAGAAUCGUGUGCCAGGUGAAUCGAUGAAUAUUCCCAAAAAAAGAAUUGAAGAUCUCUUGUAUGGCCCAAAAGGAAGAAUGAUUCAAAUACAAAA